ACAACGUAGGGACGGUCUGAAAAGAGCGCGUUUUGCGCCAUACGGAAAAAGGAAUAAAAUCGCUUACCGAGGACCAGUUUAAAUAUUGUAAUUAUUACGACUAGUGUCGUUUAUCUUUAACAUCCGGUAAGCUAACUGUCAGUGACAUUUUUUAAACUCAGCCAUUAAAGCGUUAAACGCACUACGCGUUUUAUUCGCGUAGACGAUUUUACAUCCUGCCCCUGGUGUCGUUGUUGCGGAAGUGAAAAGUCUACGUGUGGAAGAAAGGUUGGCUUGACCGUAUUUGAACACCUUACACACCAGCACUGCUCAUGUCCAAUCCAGGUUAGCUGUUUCCGUCGAACCAGUCUUCCUCACCCAUCCCUCCUCCCCCCCUGUUAGGCAAAUGGAUGCUUUGAGCGGUAGUCGGGGCGUAUAAAUGGGACGGAGAGGUGACGACAAGCUGUAAUGUUGCGCCGGGUGCGGCAGUCUCUCCGGCAGGUGCUGUUUCUGAUGGCCCGGAGACCGGAUCUGCUCUGCGGGGCUAUCGUGCUCGGCGUCCUGCUCGUUUUGGCCGUCAAGUUCACGUGCAGUCGUGCUAAGAAUGUGGUGGCAGCAGCUCGGCCUCCGGUGCGUUUCUUUUCUCCUGACGCCCCGGUGGUGGAUCUCUACUUGGGUCAGCUUGACCAGGUGGAGCGUCUCAGGAGUGUGGCCGAGGUGUCCUUUAUUUUCUUCUAUGCACCAUGGUGUGCUCACUCUAUGGCUGCGCGACAGGAAGUGCAGCAGGUCGCUAAGAAGCUGGCCAAACAGGUGCAGUUUGUGGCUGUUAACUGCUGGUGGAGUCAGGGGAAAUGCAGGAGGCAAAACCGCUUCUAUCACUACCCCGUCAUCCAUCUGUUUUAUAGAAGGUUUGGGCCAAUAGAGUAUAGAGGCCCAUUUUUGGCUCCAUACAUAGAAAGUUUUGUACUCAGAGUCAUCACACCACUGACUUACCUCCCAUCAAGAGGUCAUGUUGAAGAGUUCCUCUCCUAUCACGAGCCUCGAGUGGUGGGUUUCUUCCAGUUUAACUCUUCCCCCCAGCCGCCAGGAUACAUCACAUUUCUGUCCUCUGCCCUGCAGGUCCUAAAAAGGGAUUUCCGUGGUGUUGUACGUUUUGGGGUCGUGACCAACAAGCAGGUGGCAGGAGCCAUCUCACUAACAGAGGAUGAAACGGUUUUUCUCCACAGAAGAUUUAACUCCUCUUUGAUUUUUCCCAGGAACGACCUUAACUUUACGUCUGAGGCCAUUUGUAGAUGGGUGUUUGAAAACCGUGAGACGGUCCUCCAGUGGCUGCAGCCCCCGGGAACGAAGUCUCGCCUGUUAGAAGAGGAGCUGACUAAAGGCCCUGCACUGCUGCUGUUUGUGCCGCACGAUCCUCUGGGAUCACAGCCCAGCCCUGCGCUACAGCAGGUUGCAGACAUUGCUGUGCGUUACCACUCCUGUGACAACAGCCACCACUCCAGCUGGGACAAAAGUUUCUCCUUCCACUCACUGUGCUGCCAGUCAGUUGUCCUCCCACAGUCGAGCACAAGCGUGUGUGAGGUGUGCCUCAGCCUUUCGUGGCCAAGCUUCGCCACCUCACCUCUGCACUGCUUGUUCCCUCCCUCGAUCCAGGGAGGAGACAUAUUUCAGACUUAUCUCAGACGCUGCUGCCUCCACCAGCUCCCUUCCCCCGUGUCCAUUAAUAGUGCAACCGCAAUGGGCUGUAGCAAUUUUCUGGACAGCUACAGCCCAUUUAGUCAAUACAGUGCCUGCUGCAGAAAAGUAGAACCUCAGCUCAAUGAAUCACAAGCCAAAGAGGAGUCAGAGAUGCAAAGCGUUCCUCCUUCCUUGAUCCCUCCAUUCUCUGUCCCUCAGCCGGAGGGAGACGGCAUCACCGGGCUCCGUUGUCAAACCAACAGGACACUCAGGUUUUAUGUGCUGGAUGUUGCCCUGAACUGGCCUCUGGCAGUCAGGCUCGGAGCAUCAGGCAACAGAAGUGCUUCUCUUGAGCAAGAAGAUGAUAGGAGCGGUGACGGGUCGUUUGCUGCUAUUGUGAACCUGAAGGAUGAAGUUCAUUAUGUUCUUCAGCACACUCCAGCAGCCACACUAACAGAGUCUCUGGAGGCCUUCAUCAGGAACUUCAGCGCUCCCUACAGCCUCUUGCAGAGACACUUGGUUGGAGAGGAGGACAGGAAGGGAGCUGAAGAGGAGGCGUCGCGUUCAGACGAACACACGCAGUCACCUCCACGCUUCCUCAUCACAGAGUUGACCACUUCCUCCUUCCUGCCCUCCGUCAUGGACCUUCAAAAGGACGUGCUGCUGUUCUACUACACUCAGUGGUGUGGAUUUUGCUCUGUUCUCAACCACAUCAUCAUCCAGCUGGCCCGAUUAUUACAGGGAAAUGGAACCAUCACCGUGGCCAGGGUGAAUGUUGCACGUAAUGACCUCCCCUGGGAGUUCAUGGUGGAUCAUGUUCCCUCUAUUCUUUUCUUUCCCAGAUACAGAAAACACCUUAGUGUGAAGUUUCCUGACAACCUUCCCAUCACAUUACCCAACCUCCUCCGCUUCAUCCUGCAGCACUCUGGCUCUUUGCAUCACGUGCACAAACCGUCUGUUGAGACAGAAGGUCCCGGACACAGUCCUUUCCUUGGGUCAGAGUUUCUGACACUCCAGCGUGAAGUUCAAGCCCUGCAUCACGCCCGGGAGCGUCUCUCCCAACAGCUCGCGCAACUAUGGCGCGACAACCGACGACUGAAAUUCGAGGCCCGCGCCUUAGAGACCGAGAACGCCGAGCUGCAGCGAGAGAGGCGGAGCUUAGAGGAGCAGCACCGGGAGAAAAGCCGGCAGCUCAGUGAGGCAGUGAGGCGGCUGCAGGAGCUGGCAGACGCCUCUGAAAAUCUGCUGAAUGAGAACACACUGCUCAGGGUCCUGCUGAGGGCGCUGACGGACAGGACAGAGGCUAGAGAGCAGGCAGAGGUGGAGAGGAAGGAGACGGAGCAGAAAAGAAGCCAUAUGGCCUCCUGAGCACAAGCCUGCAGGGAACCCUGAGAAUGAGGCAGAGAAAAGAGAAAGGAAACCGGGCCAGGAAAUGAAGGGGAGGUUAAAUUAGAGGCAAGAAAAGCUGUGAGAAAAUAAGGCUGACAUGAGGAGAUCCUCUUCAACUGCAAAAGGCAACGCCCAGUAAAUUUUCUCACAAGCAAAAAUAAAGAAAAGAUGACAGUUACCAUCUUCCAAGAAGCACUGCUACUCAGUCAGGCAGGAAUAUAAGGAGAGAUGAGUGUCCUACGUCAGCUCGGCGUUCUCGGUCUCUAAGGUAGGAAGGCAGUGGAAGGAAAAACACGGAGCUCUUGUGCUGUGAUCAUAUGAGCUCGUCCAACUCUUUAAAGUUCCGUGCCAACUUUCCAAUUCAGACUUCCCAGCUGUGAUGCUGCGCUUGCAACGAUUUAUCGACUGUUUUAAUUGUGAAGGAAUAACAAGAGAAUCUGGACACACCCUGCAGCCAAAUGAAGCUUCCUUUAAUUACUGUAAACCAAGUGCAAGAUAGUUUCUUUAUUAGAAAAUAAAAACACCAUGGAUGGGCUGGACUCACCUGUAUCCAAAAGUCAAGGUUAGUACAUUUGAAGAGCAGUGAUAUACUCUGCAGUGUGAGUUUAAGUGAUUCACCCAUGACGCAGUGUUUCACAUGGAAAACCUCGCUUGGAAAGGGAGGCUACGAUACUCUUAAUGUGAAAAUCCCAGACUUCGUGACAUUUGUCUAUUUAACCUUUGGAGGCAUAAAUGGAAAUUGUAAUCAAACACUGAGGAAGUCUGGACUUGAAAACAAAUAAAGCUCUGAAAGAAGGCCCCGGGCACUUUCCAAGAACUCGCAGGAUGACCUCACCUGCUGUUCUGUGAGCUGAGAGUCACAUGACUAACCUCCUGGAAACAUUCCCCAUUAAUUCCUAAAAUUCAAGCAGCAUUGGCUCACGUUGAUUCAUUAUAAUUCAUGUGACACGUUAAUGUGCUUGAUUUAUUUUCAUACUUGUAGUUCUUGUCUUGUUAAGGUGUGUGUGUGUGUGUGUGUGUGUGUGUGUGUGUGUGUGUGUGUGUGUGUGUUUGUGUGUUUGUGUGUGUGUGUGUGUAUAUGAUGAACAGAUUGGCUUCCUUAGUGUUUUAUGACACAUCCAAAUGAUAAAAACAUACUGGUAGGAAUUCCUUUAAAGUACAUACUUUUACACUGAAUAACAACUCUAGCUCUGAAUCUUAAUUCCUAUCUGGCAUUUAUAGUUCAGUGCUAACUGACUUUUAGGAAUUUAUGAGUAGCUUUCAUCACAUUCUUUGGAAAUCUGUAAAACACAGCUAUGUUUUUCCUCCAUUGUUUACUUUAAAAUGCAUUUGCAGUACUGGUGGUGCAGAAUUUGGCUGCAGGGAGAGGGCUACUAAUAAAACUGAGAAGUAAUUUCAUGCUGAAUACAUGCUCCCCUCGUUUUGUUUGGAGCUAUUAAGUGGACUCGAAACAAUCUGUAAGAUAUUAUUAUUAUUAUUAUUUUUUUUUUUUUUUUGAGGGGACACAGUUGUUUUGUGAAACUGAUCUAUUUUUACAAGAAUCCUUGAAUCACUAAAUAUUUCUAUGUAACUAUUCAGGUAUUAUUAACAUGCUGCAAUUGUUUACAUGUGAAAUAUUGCACCGGUUUUUACUGAUUAAAACUCUUUCUUCUUGUAUUGAUGUGCGUCUUUGUGUUUGAGCACAGUGUUGUGUUGAGAUACAGUUGAUAUACCAGCUUUUACAUGUAAGGACAUGAUAAUAAAUAAAAUAAUGUGGUCGUUUGUAGGACUUAAAAUGUUAGAUGAACAACAACACGUGACAUGUGAUGCUGUGUCAUUGGUUAUUUAACACAAAUUAGGCCAAGAUUGAGAAGCAGUGUGUGGGAAACUAACUGCAUCCUUACUGCUUCUAUAGGAAAUAAGAAGGUGCUCGAUUGACUGAUCAUGAACAGGUGUGAGCACCUCUGUGAAAGCUGAACGUCUGGCAGUUUGUCGGUCUGCAGCAUUCUGGGAGGGUUGUGAGGCACUUUCCAAACAAGCUGUAGUUCAUCAUUAUGCAUUGAAAACAAUCAACUGGUCUUCCCAAGAGUGAACAUCCUAUAGCAACCUCCGCCCAUGGUCAGAGUGCAAUAUUAAAAGGAGCUGCUUAAAAAAAACAAAAAAACCCAGGAGCUACAUCUAAGACUAUAGCUGUCACUUAGAUUGUUAAAUUAGUUUUUAAAAAGGCUGUCACAGCUUAAUUAGGAAACCUUGAACAAGUACGGCUUGUUUGGAAGAAAUUUAGGUUUGUGAAUUUGUAUCUGAACAAGGCACAAGACUUCUGGAACAACCAAAAAGCUGAUGUUUGACCAUCAUGCACUGAAACAGAAAACCAAUGAGCACAAAUACCUCAUACCAACUGUCAAGCACGACGGUGGAGGGUGAUAAUUUGGGCUCAUUAUAGAGUCACAGGACCUGGGCACCUUCCAGUCACAGUAGACCAUGAACUCCUCUGUAUACCAAAGUAUUCUAGAGGCAAUUAUGAGGCCAUGUGUGCAAACAACUAAAGCUUUGCCUAUAUUAGACCAUGCAACCAUCCCAAGCACAGAUGGAAGAAAGUGUUGCAAUGACCCUGUAACACGGUGGACUAAUGUUGACUACAUUGAUUCAUCUCCAUGUUUGUUGUGGAAGUUGCACUGGUUUGGGACUGGUUUUGUGUGUCACAUUUGCUCCAUCAAUGGCUGUGAUGGGGUUGGAAUAAUUGAAGGUGUGUGUAUUUGAUUGCACUGAUACUCUGGUCUACUUAUAGCUCACACUACAAACACUGCUGUGAUAUUUUGUCUCUGUGCAGGUAUGUCAUAUAGCCAGAUAUAAGAUGACUUGAUUUAAAUAUAUUUAAAUAUAUUUAUGUGAGUUGUAAAAUGAAGAUGCGGUGAUAUUUAGUCUCUCUGUGCAGGCCAGGGCUUACUGUAUGCCGCAGCCUAAAGGCAGAGUUGGGUUUCUGAGCCUGGAGUGAUUACCAGCCUUCUACUUACAGGGUGGUGGGUCAUGGAGGACAACUGCUGAUCCCUGUUAACUGGUCAACAUGUAAAGUGUAACUGACUUGUGGCAUAUCUGGCUCUGGUCUUGGACCGUGUGUUUUAUCCCUUCAUUUUCUGAUCAUUGUAGUAAUAAGUGAUUACUUCAGGUUAUGGCUCCUUCAUCCACUGUUUAACAUUUAGAGUCAAAUUUGUGUUGGUUCUUGUUAUUAGUGUAUUAUUUAUUUCUGGAUUGUUUUGUUUGACCAGCAAUGACUAAAAAUUUACACAAACAUCAUCUUUUAUUAUCCAAAGCUUUAGUACAUGUUUAGGGAUUUCAUAUCCUAGGAUUUCCCCUGAAAUUUCCCAAAAGUUGAUGACUUUUUUCCCCCCUAUUUGGAUCGACCUUUCUCUUUGUGAAGACCCUGGUAUGAUUUAGAGGAACGUCGAUCUGCUUGUGUGCUUCAAUCAAGAUAUUUAUUACUGCAUUUUCCUCUUGAGAUAUUUCUAGUUGUUAUCUAAUUUGAUAAAAUCUGAAGUCUUUAAAAGUCUUUACUUUUUAAUUUAAACUCCCUCUUGAGUUCAUCAAAGCCGUUGUCAGUGUGUCCUGGGGUUAAUCUGUAACCUGGACACGACUGAUUCUAAAUUUGGGAUCCAGUGUUUGUUUGUAAAUCCAUAUUUGUCCCAGAUCUGGGAUCAUUCAUGUGUUUUGAUCACAUUACUUGAAUAACUGUUCAACAACUGAUCAUUUUUUAUUUCUCGCUCCAUCUACCUACUUGUUACACAUUCAAUCUGCAUUUAAAUUCUCUCAGUUUCCAACGACAACCACACGUGUGUAAGGGAACAUUUGGCAUGAAAUGAUGCUGUUGCACAAGUUUUAGAAUGUGGCUUUAUAAAUGCAGAACAGAUAUGACACUGUAUGAGCAUGAAUUCAACAUUGCUGUGCUCACCAGUGGUUAAACGUCUCAUUUAAUUUGGAGCAGCGGGAACAUGUGCUGCUAAUUUCACUCUGAAUGCAGGAUUAUGUGGCUUCAGUUACUGGUUUUGUGCAGCAGUCUUCUCAGAAAUGUCUCUUUCAUAUCUUUUUGCAUCGUUUAGCUCUGGUUGCAUACUUUUGCACUUCGCAGCAGAUAUGAUACACUACAGAUACACUACAACACUACACCAAGUUAUUGGUGUAGCAGCAGAACUGCAUGUACACAGGAAUAAGACUACACUGAUGGUAGUCAGAAAAAGGGUAUAAAAGUACUUGGGUUAGGGCUGGGUCAGUGAGGCUCACACUGAGAGUCCAAGGAUCUCAUGACUUAUUAAGUAAAGGAGGCUGACGGUGAAGGUAGCCCUUUCAGCUCUGCACGGAAACCUCUUCUCGCUGUGGUAACAUAUCCUGCCCCCUCCCCAAAC